UUGUAUCAUUGGAUUCAGCACUGAGAACCGAAGAGAGAAAGAAGAAGAAGAAGCAAAGCAUAAAAUAUCAUCAAUCAUGACGGACUAUGCACAGGAGCAAGAGAUGGAAAUUGAAGCGUUGGAAGCAAUACUUAUGGAUGAAUUCAAAGAAAUUCACUCUGCUGAGAGUGGAUUGAACACUUCUAAUAGGUGCUUCCAGAUAACACUAUCUCCACAGGAUGAUGAGUUAGACGAGUCAACAACUACUCCAGUUCAGCUGGCUUUAAUUUUCUCUCACACAGAAAAGUAUCCAGAUGAACCUCCUCUUUUGAAUGUAAAAAGUUUACGAGGAAUACAAGUUGGUGAUCUUAAAGUUUUGAAAGACAAGCUUGAACAAGAGGCAUCUGAAAAUCUUGGUAUGGCCAUGGUCUACACACUGGUUACAUCUGCUAAGGAGUGGCUGUCUGAAAGAUAUAGCCAAGACACUAGUAAUGACAACGCUGGAGAAGAAGAAGUGGAAAAAGAAGAUGUAAUUAUACCACAUGGAGAGCCUGUUACUAUUGAGACAUUUUUGGCAUGGAGGGAAAGGUUUGAGGCAGAGUUGGCAUUAGAGCGAGCCAAAUUAAUGCCGGAAGCUGCACUCACAGCACCUAAGGAGAAAAAGAUGACUGGCAGACAGUGGUUUGAAAGUGGAAGAGCUUCUGUGAAAGGUGCAGCUGCAGUCAAUGAAGGAUCUGAGGAGGACAUUGUGGAAGAUAUUGAUUUCGAUGACGAUGAUUUUGAAGAUGAUGAAGAAGAUAUGCUUGAGCAUUAUUUGGCUGAGAAAUCUGACUCGUCAGCUCACUCUUCAACGCGAGCUAACUAAAUGAAAGUGUUGUAAUUUAACAUAUUGAACUCCUCAUUUGAUUGAGGGUUUAUUAUUUUUCUGGACAUUGUAUUCAUAGGUAUUUUUGCCCCAUUUGAGGAGAUGAUUAAGUGGAGUGAGAGUUUUUCUAUACUCA